GGUGCUUUUCAGGAGUCUGGCUUCUCUGAUUACCUGACGUACAUGUCACGAAGGAAUAUGAGAUGGUAACUUGAAGCUUUUCCCUCCUAGAGGCGUUUCAUUUAGUCCGAACUUGGUGUCAUAUGCACCACCUAUCGUCGCUCUCAUUACACUUCUCAUGUCUCCGAUCCUUCAUUGCAUGCCCGCCGUGCAGCAGUCGCCUUGUUUCGAAAGUCCGAAUAAUUCCCUCAAUUUACAAGUACACCACUUCUGAUCGUGGGCUGACAUCCUUGCUCGAGUUUCUUCGGAUAAAUUUCAAUUCGUACAGGUUACACUCUCUCCAAUGCCGAAUCGCCCAGAUUUCCAGAACCAGAAGCCUUUCCCCAAAAAGGUCUGUCGAGUGACGAAUAUGUGCCAAUGGCUGGUCGAAUUCGCUUCCGAAACACAGUAUCGGUGACAUAAAUUGCUACUGGUAGCAGUCACCUAAUUCGGGACUUUUGACAUUUUCCCUAUCCUCUCUCA